UCGCAUAUCCCGCGAUACCCGGCCUCGUCUGGACGCCCCCUUCUCCACCUCUUUAAUACUCUUAUUCUCCAAGGAAGACCCUCACCACUCCUCCAAAGAUGGAUGAUGAUAUCGCUGCGCUCGUGGUUGACAACGGCUCCGGAAUGUGCAAGGCUGGCUUUGCCGGGGAUGAUGCCCCUCGCGCCGUGUUCCCGUCCAUCGUUGGCCGCCCCAGGCACCAGGGCGUGAUGGUUGGCAUGGGCCAGAAAGACAGCUACGUGGGGGACGAGGCGCAGAGUAAAAGAGGCAUCCUGACCCUGAAGUAUCCCAUCGAACACGGCAUCGUCACCAACUGGGAUGACAUGGAGAAGAUCUGGCACCACACCUUCUACAACGAGCUGAGAGUCGCCCCCGAAGAACACCCCGUGCUGCUGACAGAGGCCCCCCUGAACCCCAAAGCCAACAGAGAAAAGAUGACACAGAUCAUGUUUGAGACCUUCAACACCCCAGCCAUGUACGUGGCCAUCCAGGCCGUGCUGUCCCUCUACGCCUCUGGCCGCACCACCGGCAUUGUGAUGGACUCUGGCGACGGCGUCACCCACACCGUGCCCAUCUACGAAGGCUACGCCCUGCCCCACGCCAUCCUCCGCUUGGACCUGGCCGGCCGCGACUUGACCGACUACCUCAUGAAGAUCUUGACCGAGAGAGGCUACAGCUUCACCACCACGGCCGAGAGGGAAAUCGUCCGCGACAUCAAGGAGAAGCUCUGCUACGUCGCGCUCGACUUCGAGCAGGAGAUGGCCACAGCGGCUUCCAGCUCGUCCCUGGAAAAGAGCUAUGAACUCCCCGACGGGCAGGUCAUCACCAUCGGUAAUGAGCGGUUCAGGUGCCCGGAAGCCCUCUUCCAGCCAUCCUUUUUGGGUAUGGAGUCCUGCGGCAUCCACGAAACCACCUUCAACUCCAUCAUGAAGUGCGACGUGGAUAUCCGCAAAGACCUGUACGCCAACACCGUCCUCUCUGGCGGCACCACCAUGUACCCAGGCAUCGCCGACAGGAUGCAGAAGGAGAUCACAGCCCUGGCUCCCAGCACAAUGAAAAUCAAGAUCAUUGCCCCACCGGAGCGUAAAUACUCUGUCUGGAUCGGAGGCUCCAUCCUCGCCUCGCUGUCUACCUUCCAGCAGAUGUGGAUCAGCAAGCAAGAGUACGACGAAUCUGGACCUUCCAUCGUCCACCGCAAAUGCUUCUAAAAAAAAAAGGACUAGUUACCAUAAUAACGGUUUUUGACAAAAAAACAAAACAAAACCCCAUAAUUGCGCGUUAAAAACAAAAAAAGAGUUGAGAUUUGGCAUGGCUUUAUUUGUGUUUUUUUUCCUUUCUUUUUUUUGGCGCUUGACUCAGGAUAUAAAAACUGGAACGGUGAAAAAGUUGGCAGCAGCAGUCUUUAGAGAAAAAUAAUAAGUGAAAACGUCCCUGUCCCCCCCCCAAAAAGUUCUACAAUGCAUCUGAGGACUUUGAUUGUACAUUUGUGUUCUUCUUCUUCUUCCUUUUUUUUAAAUAGUCAUUCCAAAUAAUAAUAAUUGUCUCGUAGUGCAUUGAGAGGAAGUUAAACCCCCCGGGCCUCCGUCGGGAGGCAUCGAAACAGCCUGGCUCUGGAAGGAGCGGAAACACGUUUUAAUUCUGGGGAAGGAUUGCUUGUAAUAAUCAUGCGAAUCGUUGAAAAUCCAACAAGUGUCUUUCUGUAUCUUGCGCCUUAAAACAAACAAACGAACCACCCCCCCCCCCUUUUGAUCCUCUUUCCCUCCCCUUCCCCGUUUUAGGUCAAGCAAAUAAUAAAUGAUGAUGACGAUGGGCUGUAUAUGUUUCUCUUCUUCACAAUCCAGUCGCAAAGGCUUGCAGUUAGCCCUUCCCUCUUCGUUGGGGGGGGGGGGAAUCCUUACACAGAUUUGGUGCCAGUAUGUAUUCGGGAUCCAGUGGGGGCAGAACUGUACACUGACCUAAAAGAACGGUUCAAAUAAAGAUGCACACAAUAGA